ACCUUCAACCUUUCUUCUCCGUGCGGUAUAAAGCUGCGAGCAGCGCCGCCAGUCCAUUCUCUUCCUCAUCCCCCACUGUCUCUCCUCCCCCGCGCUCUCUUCCGCACCACCUCCCACAACAACUUUACGAUGAGGGCUUUUACGAUCGCAUCUGUCGCCGCCGCGCUUGUCGCGUCGGUCUCUGCUCAUAUGGAGAUGACCUCGCCCCCGCCACUGCGCAGCAAGGCCAACAAGAACGCUGGUCAGAACAUCGACUACAGCAUGACCUCACCUCUGGAAGCCGACGGUUCCAACUUCCCGUGCAAGGGAUACCUUGAUGACACGGAGGGCAAGGAGUCCGUGGCGACCUGGCAGGCUGGCUCUUCGCAGCAGAUCACCAUCACCGGCGGUGCGAACCACGGCGGUGGCUCCUGCCAGCUCUCGAUCUCCGAGGACGAGGGCAAGACCUUCAAGGUCAUCAAGUCCUUCGAGGGCAAGUGCCCGGCGAACUCGGGUGACAACACUCUGAACGUCGACAUCCCCACGGACGUCAAGAACGGCGACGUCGUCUUCGCCUGGACCUGGAACAACGAGAUCGGCAACCGCGAGUUCUACAUGAACUGCGCGAUGGUCACCAUCGAGAACGGUGGCUCCGGCCUCGACUCGUACCCGGACAUGUUCGUCGCCCAGCUCAGCAGCAUCAACUCGUGCACUAUCGCGGAGGGUAUCGACGUCAAGUACCCGAACCCCGGCGACCAGGUCGAGACCGCUGAUGGCGCCAACCUCGGCGACCCGACCGGCGACUGCGGUGCCACCGGUAGCUCCUCUGGCGGCUCUUCUGGUGGCAGCGGCUCGUCCUCUGCUGGCGGUGCUGGUGCCACUGGUGCUUCGUCCGCUGGCGGUGCCGGUGCGUCCGCGUCUGUCUCUAUCGGCAUUGGCGGCGGCUCCGGCUCUGCCCCGACCUCGGCUGCUGGCGCCUCCUCUGCCGCUGCCUCCGCCACUGGUGUCAACAAUGGUGGCGACGUCGGCGGCCUCUCCUCUGCCCUCGGUGGCGCCAGCUCUGCCGCUGGUGCUGGUGGUGCUUCUGCCACGUCCGCCGCUUCCGGCUCUUCCGCGACCGGCGCUGCUGGUUCGUCUGGUUCCGCCGGUGGUGCGUCUGGCGCCUCCGGUGCCGCUGGCUCGUCCGCCACUGGCGCUGCCGGCGGUGCGUCGGGCACUGGCUCCGCGUCUGGCGCUGCCGGCUCUGCCGUCCCGUGCGACAACGAGGGCGAGACCCGCUGCGACUCCACGACCACCUGGAGUGUCUGCGGCUCCGGCAUCUGGCAGAACAUGGGCAGCACCGCCGCGGGCAUGAAGUGCGUCAACGGGUCGAUGGAGCUCGACAGCGACUCCGCUGCCUCGUCCUCCCCGGCCGCCAGCGCGCGCGCCCUCCGCGAAGCGCGCUCCUUCGUCUCGCACAAGCGCCACUGGAAGAGCCGCCGCCACGCUUAAGCGUCUCGGCCCUCUUCCUUCGUGGCGUGUACGCUAUGUCUACAUGCCCAUGCCCCAGCUGCCGUCCUGCUUAUGCUGUCGUCCAUGCUGUCCUCAUGUCCAGUGUUCUCCAUAUCAUUAUGGAUCUGCGAUCGUCUCUCUUCGCAUCCCCUCUUUAGAUUGUUCCCGGUCUCGGUCUCGUCUCGGUUACCUACUUAUUUACACUUACGUGCUGGGGGCGGGCUGCGAGCAGCCCGUCACGGCUUGACGCCACGACACGAUACCUUUGCAUGCGUAAUGCAUGAUGUAGAUUAGUUUACGGCUAGCGCGAGCGCAGUCAAUGGAGGCCUUCAGUGCCAAUGAAAUGUACCUCUAGACCGAGUGAUUCGUGAGCACAAUCUGCCAG